AUUUUUUAUGAUUCAUUAAUUAGAACGUGUGCAAAUAUAUAUUUAAUGUGUGACUUUAUUGGUUGUUUUUUAAUGAACACAGACACGGUAUUUUCUACAUGUGGAAGAGACUGAAAAGAUUUCCAUGCUGCCUAGAAAGGCAACACGGUCUCUGAAGCGCCGCUGAUGCGGAUGUUGAUGCGGCGACUUGUCUCAGAGAAGUGUCAUUAACGACGUUGAAGAUGUUGGCCACUGGGAAGCACACGCAAGACAGUGCGGCGUUGUUUGUUCUCGCCGCUGUGAGCUUAGCUUUAAUAACAAUUCUCAGCGUGUGGAAGUUAAAAAACUUCAGGUACAGACUCAUAAAUGAAACGGGAGGUGCUAUGUUUUAUGGUUUGCUUUUGGGUCUAACAGUGAAGCUCUUGUGGUCGGAACAAGAAGAGCAUGUGGAAACCAUCGGGAGUGUGUGCACUUGUCACGGUCUGAACAGCACUCCUCGUGUCAUAACCGUGAACGCCUCAUCCCACCGGCACUGUUACAGGCACAUUGGGCAAAUUAGCCAAAGAUGCUCGCUGCUCUCUGCACCUCACAUGGAGAACUUUGAUCCCCAGGUCCUCUUCGAUCUCUUCCUGCCAACCAUCAUCUUCUACGGAGCGUACACCCUAAAUCAGAAGCAACUAGUUGAGAAUCUGGGCUCUGUUCUCACCUACGCCUUUUUGGGUACCUUGAUCAGCUGUAUGUGCAUAGGCGCCUGCAUCUACGGCUUCACCAGACUCAUGGUGCUGUCGAGACAAGCUGCAGAUGGAGAAUACUCCCUCACUGACUGCCUCCUGUUUGGCGCCAUUAUGUCAGCCACUGACCCAGUCUCAGUCCUUGGGCUAUUGUCAGACCUGCAUGUGGAUUUUGAUCUGCAUGCCCUGCUGUUUGGGGAGAGUGUCCUUAAUGAUGCUGUGGCCAUCGUCUUGACUCAUGCCAUUGCCUCUUACGACCGGAGGGGAGCAGGACGCGUCUUCGGCCCACCCGCUUUCCUCCACUCUGUUGGUUUUUUCCUUGGAGUGCUCAUUGGCUCCUUCCUCCUUGGAUUCAUCUUCACAGUAAUCACAGCCCUUCUCACCAAAUUCACCCGACUGCACGAGAACCCUCUUCUAGAAACAUCCGUCUUCUUCCUGCUAUCCUGGAGCAGUUUCCUCUCCGCUGAAGCCUGCGGACUUUCAGGCAUCGUUGCUGUGCUAUUCUGUGGCCUUAGCCAGGCGAGGUACACAAGUCUUAAUUUAUCACCUGACAGUAGGACACGGACCAAGCAGCUCUUUGAAGUCUUCAAGUUCCUGGGGGAGAUCUUCAUCUUUGGCUACAUGGGUUUUAUAUGGUUUACCUUCCCUCACCAUGUCUUCAGAGCGCUCUUCAUUUCUGGGGCAUUUUUAUCCAUCUUUAUUUCAAGAGCGUGCAACAUCUACCCUCUAUCUUUCCUGCUCAACCUGGGUCGCACUAAGCGGAUAUCUCGGCCCGUCCAACACUUUAUGGUGUUUGCAGGAUUGAGGGGGGUUGUUGCUUUCAGUCUGGCUGUCAAAGACACAUCAUCAGAGGCAAAACGAACCAUCCUCACCACCACUCUGCUUCUGGUCGUUUUCACCGUCUGGGUUCUGGGUGCUGCCGCCGACCCCUUGCUGCGCCGUCUGAACCUCAGAUUGGAGGACAAAGCAGAUGGGGAUCUGCAGGAUUACUCUUCUGAGGUUGCUUUGGAACAGCCAGACACAACACAAGGACUGUGGCACCAUCUGGACCACCAAUAUUUGAAGCCCAUGCUGACACGCGGCGGCCCCCCACUGGCUAACUCGCUGCCACAGUGGUGUGGCGAAUUCGCUCAAUUCUGCAGCCAGCGUUCGCCGGAGGAUGAGGAGCAGCUUCGUGACACCCACCAGGACAACUCCAGCGUCGGUUUGGAGAAAAGUGAGGUUUCGUCAACAACAAGCAACUCCGAUUCAGAGCACCGGGAUGAUCUGCUAGAAGGAGAUUUGGGUCUCGGAACCGGUCCGUCAUCGAGGCCCGAUUUUCCCAGGGUCUCUUCUAGUUCUGACCUUUCCACCCCAGCUGCGUUAACCCUCACUCCCCCACCUCCCUCUGAGCAUGGGGACUCUGGUCAAAGCGCUUGAAAGGAGCUGAGUGGGAGUUAAGAGUUACUGCAGCCACCAAAAGGUCACACCAUUUUUUCUCUCAUGUAUGUGUGUGUACUUGUGCAUGUGUGUGUGUGCACUUCCUGUUGCUCUUCUGGGUAUAUUUUACAUGUGAAUAGAUUUCAUGCUACAUGGCCACAUAAAAGUUGAUUUCAUCCAUAUGUUUAAUGAUAAAAAGGCAGCAGCGUUUCCCUUAAUCAGUCAAACUUGUAUUUGGUGACAUUUUUUUCCUCCUCCUGUUCCAAAAAGGUCCUGAUUAAACUUUCAUUGCACUGUUUUCUGCCGUUCCCGGUCCCUUUCACCCCUGAGUUUAUUCAUCAGCUCGCUCCACGACUAGCUCAUCGUCCUGCAACGCGACAGAAAUAUUCCAAAAAGUAUUAACCACGCUUGAAAAAGAGACUGUUAGGGUGGCAGGUUUCGUCCAAGUCUUUAAUUAUAGAUUGCACUUUGCUGCUUUCUGUUUGUGUCAUUGUAAAUCUCAGUGCCACCCCCACUGCCUCCCUCCUAGUUGACUCCCUCGACAGCAGAAUGGUGGUAUGUGCUGCACAAACAACAUCUCUGAAGGUUAGGUAGCCUUGUGGACAUCGGCAUGUUAAUGUUUUCAAAGUAAAAGCCUUUCCUUUUGUGAACGGCCGCGUGGACGCACAUGUAGAACGCAACUGUUUUUAGGCUUGUGCUGCUGCUAAUGUAACCCUUAUAACCUCCACAGUUUGCUGUAAUCACAAAUGGAGCUUGAGAACAGACUGAAUCAAAACAAUAAUGGAGACCUUAAAAUAUGCCAACAUGUUUAUGUUUUCGGUUCUGCAGCUUGACUCUUUUUUUUACUUUUGAUGCUAAUAAACUCGUGUUUGUUAUAA